CUUCUGGGGUGUGACAUGUGCCCCCCCGACCCCCUAGCACUGCCGGCCCCGCACCCAGCCCAGUGCCGGGGAGAGGAGAUGGGUGCAGGACGGGGCGUCCCCAUGGCCCAGCUGGCCCUGCUCACCCUGCUGGCCCUGCUGGGUGCCGGGGCGGUGACAGUGGAUCACGUGUCCUCCCAGGCGGAGUUCUACCAGCGCACGGACCGAUCCCAGCAGGAGUCCGGGCAGUACAUGCACGAGUUCGACCAGGACGAGAUGUUCUAUGUGGACCUGGAGAGGAAGGAGACCGUCUGGCACCUGCCUGAAUUCAGCAAGUUCGCCAGCUUCGAGGCGCAGGACGCCCUGGGCAACAUUGCUGUGGACAAGCAGAACCUGGACAUUCUGAUCAAGAGGUCCAACCGCACACGGGCUGAGAACGUGCCCCCUGAGGUGACCGUGUUCCCCGAAGACCCCGUGGAGCUGGGGGAGCCCAACGUCCUGAUCUGCUUCGUGGACAAGUUCUCCCCGCCCGCAGUCAGCGUGACGUGGCUGAAGAACGGGCAGGAGGUGACCGAGGGUGUCUAUGAGACCGACUUCUACCCCCGCCAGGACAACUCCUUCCGCAAGUUCUCCUACCUGCCCUUCGUCCCCAGCCAGGGCGACUUCUACGACUGCCGGGUGGAGCACGGGGGGCUGCCCGAGUCCUUCAUGAAGCACUGGGAAGUCCAGGUGCCCACCCCCGUCCCCGAGACCACAGAGACCCUGGUGUGCGCCCUGGGCCUGGCCGUGGGCAUCGUCUGCAUCAUCGCGGGCACCAUCCUCAUCAUCAAGGGCAUGAAGAUGAACGCCGCCCGCAACCCGCGGGGCCCCUUAUAAAUGUGGGGAGGAGCUGGCGCCCCCGAAUCCCACAGGUGCCUUCGUGAGACUCACUUGCACCACCCCAUCUCUGCCCCAGCAUCCCUGCUCCGUGCCCGUCAGUGCCAGCUGCCGUACCCAAGCAGGAGUCUCCCGGCCCCGUAACUGCGCUGAGCCAACCCGCUAGAGACUCACUGGGGAGCCGGCCCCCUUGGGCUGCCCCUGAACCCCCCUGCUGGGCUUGGGAGGGGGGAGCCUAUCCAGGGAGAGGGCUCCUGCCCCAUGGGGCUGGGAAUUGGGAUCGCCUCUCGUCGGGGGGCAGCAGGGGAGAGGGCUGCUGCCCCGUGGGGCUGGGAAUGGGGGUCACCCCUCAUCAGGGGGCAGCAAGGGACAGGGCUGCUGCCCAUGAGGCUGGGAAUGGGGGUCGCCCCUCGUCAGGGUUCAGCAGGGCCCACAGGGCUGAUCCAAACCCCAUUGCCGUCAUGGGGAAGGUUUCUCUUGACUCCAGUGGGUGCUGGAUCUGGCCCUGAGCCCGGCCCCUAUUGGCCAGAAGCUGCUGUCAGUCACCCCAGGUAAAGCCCCUCCAGCCAUGACCCAGAAGGCUUUGGGGCAGAUUCGGCCAUCCUAGGUCAGUAGGAUCCCUGUGGGGCAGGAUUGGGCCCAUGGCUGGGGGUGGUGCAGCCUCAGCGCGGGGUCUGUGUGGGAAGGGCCCAGUCCCUGUACAGCCCCCGCCCUGUGCCCCGUGUGUGUCCACAGCCCAGCCGCCCCCCAUCUCGCUCUGCAGCUUUGCUAACAGCAAUAAAGUGGAUUUUUUGGGAUAUUU